ACAUAAUGAGAGUGGACCCAGCUAUGAAAAGAAGUAACUGCUAUAAAUUUAGUAGUACUAACUCUUUGCAAAACUAACUCACAUUUGUUCAUAUCUUCAAAAAGAAAAACAUUGUAAAGUCUCAAAUUUAAAUAUUGAGUUUUGUGUGUGUUUGUGGUUGUGUGUGAGAGAGAGAGGGAACAAAAAGAGAAGAGUAAUGGUGGAAAAGUGGAAGAAAGGUGUUUUGGUAGGGAAAAAGGGAGGAACAUGUACUACUCCAUCACCUACAUGGAGAUUUGAACCUCCAUCUCAACAGAAUAAUGUUGUUUCAACUUCAACCGUUUCUGCUAGAAAGCUUUGUGCUAAUCUCUGGCAAAUUCAACAUGGUGGCGCCACUCUCCGCUGCAAAAACAACUCCUCUGACCAGGCUGCGGCGCAGUUACUUAAUGUACUAAACAGAAGAAUAUGGAGUCUUGAAGAGAAACAAGCAUUGAAUAUAUCAACAGUGAUAGCCUUAAAAUCGGAACUAGAUUGCUCACGAAGACGGAUGAAGGAGUUAGUAGAGGAGAAGCAAAUGAACGCGCGGGAAAUGGAGAAGUUAAUGAAGAAAACGACGAUGGAGGAGUCUGUUAGAAAGAAUAAAGAACGCGAUAAAAUUAAAGCUGCUGUGAAAUUGAUUCAUGAAGAGCUUGAAGUUGAGAGAGCGUUGCGAAAGCACUCAGAAAGCUUGCGUAGGAAGUUAGCUAGGGAGGUUUCUGAAGUGAAGUCUUCAUUCUCUGGUUGUUUGAGAAACCUUGAGCGAGAGAGGAAAGCGCGGAUUCUAUUGGAGAAUUUGUGCGGCGAGUUUGCUAAAGGAGUAAAAAGCUAUGAACAAGAAGUACGUUGUCUUAGGCGCGAUUCUGAAUAUGUGGAGGUUAAAGAGAAUGGCCUUGAUCGGUUAGUACUUCAUAUUUCAGAAGCUUGGCUUGACGAGCGCGAGCAAAUGAAGUUAGCGCAAUGUGGCAGUGAUGUCGUUGAGAGAUUUUCGAUUGUUGACAAGUUAGGUUUUGAUAUAGAAGCAUUUCUUCAUGCAAAACGUUGCGUGGAUUUUAGCGAAUUCAGUUACUCCUCGCCAAAGGAGCUCAAGGAAAUUCGUCCUAUGGAUUCCUUUCCACCGCAAGAUGUUGCAAGUGGACCUCAAAAUAUGGAUCAGGAAGAUUCCAUUGGUAAUGACUGGUUUGAACCGAAAGAGAUCAUCGUUGAAGAACUCGGAAAACUCGGCUCUAGACCGCAAAGAAACAACGCUAAUGAGCUCUAUCGAGAAAAUAAAGGAAGGAAAAGCUCAAUUAGGAAAGAGGUUAUGUCAUGUAAUGAUAAUAAUAAGAGUUGCUUGGUGGAGAAGAAAUCAAGUGAAAUGAAAGAAAACAACAUAAAACUGUGGAAAUCGAAGUUGAUUGCUUCAGAUUUUGGCGAAACCGAGUCUUCAACCAAAUUGCGAAAGGGAGUAAAGGAAAACACAUUGAUGGCAAAACUACUUGAAGCAAGACUAGAGAGACAGAGAAGUAGGUCCAAAGGUGGAAAAAGCACUUGUUGAUUAACUAGAAAACACUAAGAUCUUUCAUCAAAUUUUAGUAAAACCAUCUUGUACACAUGAAUCUUUUGCUAUUUGUAUAUUAUCAGAUUGAUGAAGAUCAGAGUUAUAUCAAUCAAAAUAGCUAUAAUAGCAAACUUUAUUCUUUU